CUUGACAUUGGGCCUGAGUAGGUUGUCAUCAUGGUUUAAGGCCACCAGGGCUGCCAUCAACUGUGAGAACUUGGGAUUUGUUGACAUAAUCCCAAGUAGUUCAGAAUUGACUUCGUUAACUAUAGGGCUCGUCUUGGGAAGCCAUAUAAAGGCCAGUCUCCCAGCAUCAUGAAGACGAGAUACUUUCGCAGAACAAGUACAUCCUAUUCAAAAAGGCGCUUUACGUGACAGACAAUAGCUCUCGCUCUUCUGCUUUUUAUUUCAUCUGCAAUGCGGUCUACUUUUGCUUUCCAUUUCUUGUGUGCGACAGUCCUUGCAGACUGUACACGCGCCGUCGCCGUGGAGGCUUGCUCAACAAAUCCUCAUGACAAAUGGCCUGUUGGCAAAGCCGUUUACCUUCAAUCAAAUGAGGAUCUCAACUCCGUUAUCUCUAUCCCAAUUGGACAUGACGGCAAACUCUACGGGGGCUUUGUUACUGCUACCGGUGGUGCUGGAGGCAGUAGUAUCGAUGGUACCACCCAUAUGCCUGCCGCUCCGGAUGCACUUUCAUCCCAAGGGGCAGUGAUAGUGGUCGACAAGUACCUUUUCGCCGUGAACGCCGGGUCGAAUUCCCUGAGCAUGUUCAGUAUUGACGAUCAUGACCCAACAUGCUUACAUAGGAUUGGUGAACCGUCUGUUCUGCCAGGUGACUUCCCUGUCACCGUUGCAGCUUCAGUGAAGCGACGCAAAGUCUGUGUGGGAUAUACCGGAGCGAAGGCCGGUGUUUCGUGCGCCUUCUUUUCCCCAAGGGGACUUGGGCCUGCGGAGGAGAAGCUUAACUUUGAGCUCCAGCAGACCACACCUCCUGUAGGCCCUACAAACACGAUCGCCCAGGUGUUCUUCGCUGCAAAUGAUAGUCGCCUCAUCACGACUGUCAAGGGUGAUCCGAUGACCAAUAAGACGGGCUUCGUAUCUGUUCUGCCAUUCAACGACUCGCACUCCUCAGGCUUUCAUACCCGAGACACACGGACUUCCCCCCCCGGGACUGCCGUCCUUUUUGGCGGUGUGAAUGACCCAGGCCCUCACGAUUUACUUGUAACGGACGCUUCAUUUGGAGCCACCCUUCUCGAGCUAGAUCCGACUACAGACAAAAUAUCUGUCCAGCAGAAGACCAUCAUCAAUGACCAACAGGCUACAUGCUGGGCCGCCUACUCUGAGGCGAGAGGAAGUUUCUUUAUCACAGACGUGGCAAUCAACCGACUGCUUGAGCUCAGUGCCGAUGGAUCUGAGAUCAUUUCCCGCCUUGACUUGAACAGUGAUGACCCCGGCCUUACUGAUAUUCAGGUAUCUGGCCGCUUCGUUUAUGCGCUUUCUUCCGGAAAUGGCACAACACCACCAGCAAUCACGGUGGUUGACUCCUUCGAGGGUCGGCAGAUUCAACAUUUCGUGCUGGACAAGUUGGGUGCGGGUAGGCGCUCCCAGGGUCUGGCCAUCCUUGAAUAGUUCUGAGGACGAAAAUGAAGGAAAGAGUGUAUAGCCAGCCCUGCCGCAAACGGCGUCUGGUUGCCAAUGGCUUGCUGUUGGAAGAUGUGACGUCUAUUUUAUCUCUAGAACGAACCCACUUGGGAGAUAAACAUAUUCUGGCAUUAUACAGAAUAAAUGUCUUUAGGCCAUAGUGAUAGAAUAGUCCAAUGUUGCAUAUGGCCUGCCAGUCCACGCUUCUAUUAACUAUAUAACUUUUCUGUUUGUCCUAUAAGGCUGCGAAACUGAUAUGUCUUGGCGCUGUAUAUACUAAUAACCCUCUGAAUGCUUCCCAGCAAUUAAUGACGAG